AUGGGGACACCACAUAAAUAUGACCCAACUUUCAAAGGCCCCAUUUAUGACAGGGGCUGCACAGAUAUCAUCUGCUGUAUCCUGCUGCUGGUUGCAAUUGGGGGCUAUGUUGCAGUGGGUAUUGUGGCAUGGACACAAGGAGACCCUCGCAAGGUGAUUUAUCCAACAGAUAGUCGUGGUCAAUUCUGUGGGCAAAAGGGCACAUCCAAUGAGCAGAAGCCUUACUUGUUCUACUUCAACAUCCUGAAAUGUGCUAGCCCUUUGGUGUUGCUGGAAUUUCAGUGUCCUACUACACAGAUUUGUGUGAGCAAGUGUCCAGAUAGGUAUAUCACUUUUCUACAGGCCUCCAGUAUCGACCACACAGUAACCCAGGAACUAAAAUAUUAUCAACAGUUUUGUGUCCCAGAGUUUACUGAUCUGAAGAAGAGUGCACCUGAAGUGUUGAAAGACGGUGAAUGUCCAGCCAUGCUUACACCAAGCAAGCCCUUGGCUCGUAGAUGUUUACCUGCAAUCAAUAGUAAGAAAGGUGUUAUCAUGGUUGGAAACGCAACAACUUUUGAUGAUGGAAGUGGAAGUGGGAAGAAAAGGAAUGUGACAGAACUUCUGGAAGGGGCCAAAAAGGCAAAUGUUCUUCUGGAGACAAGACAAGUAGCUAUGAAAAUCUUUGAAGAUUACACCGUUUCCUGGUACUGGAUAAUAAUAGGCCUCGUGAUUUCCAUGGUAGUCAGCCUUGUAUUUAUUGUUCUGCUCCGAUUCCUGGCAGGGAUCAUGAUUUGGGUGAUGAUCGUACUGGUGAUCCUGGUGCUUGGAUAUGGAAUAUUUCAUUGUUAUAUGGAAUAUGCUCAUCUGAAAGGACAGACUGGUUCUGAUGUCUCCUUGAUGGAACUUGGAUUCCAGACAGAUUUUCGUGUCUAUCUCCAUCUGAAACAAACUUGGUUAGCUUUCAUGAUCAUCCUGUGCAUUAUGGAAGUUAUCAUCAUCCUACUGCUUAUCUUCUUGCGCAAGAGAAUCCUCAUUGCCAUUGCACUAAUCAAGGAAGCUAGCAGGGCUAUCGGACACAUCAUGACAUCACUUUUGUUUCCUCUGUGUACUUUCUUUCUGGUGUGUCUCUGCAUUGCUUACUGGGCUAGUACUGCUGUUUUCUUGUCUACCUCUAAUGAAGCUGUCUACAAGGUGUUUAAUGAUACAGAAUGCCAAUAUGCUGGAACAACUUGCAAACCAGAGACCUUCAGUACUUCCAAUGUCACCAAGCUAUGCCCAGGAGCACGUUGUCGCUUUGCCUUCUAUGGUGGUGAGACUGCCUACCACAAGUAUCUCAUCGUCUUUCAGAUUUUCAAUAUUUUCAUGUUCUUUUGGCUGGCCAACUUUGUCAUUGCCUUGGGCCAAGUCACACUUGCUGGAGCCUUUGCAUCAUACUACUGGGCUUUUAAAAAACCUGAUGAUAUGCCAGCAUUUCCCCUCUUCUCCUCCUUUGGUCGAGCACUCAGGUAUCACACAGGUUCACUGGCCUUUGGAUCCCUGAUUCUUGCCAUUGUCCAGGUCAUUCGAGUCAUUCUGGAGUACUUGGAUCAUAAACUAAAAGCUUCUGAGAAUAUGUUUGCCAAGUUCCUUCUGACCUGUUUCAAAUGCUGCUUCUGGUGCCUGGAGAAGUUCAUCAAGUUUUUGAAUAGAAAUGCAUACAUUAUGAUUGCUAUUUAUGGUACCAAUUUCUGCACUUCUGCCAGGAACGCCUUUUCCUUGCUCAUGAGGAACAUAAUCAGAGUGGCUGUUUUGGAUAAAGUCACUGAUUUCCUGUUUUUCCUUGGAAAAAUCCUAAUUGUGGGAAGUGUUGGUAUCCUUGCUUUCUUUUUUUUCACCCAGAGAAUAAAACUGAUUCAAGACACAGCACCAACUCUCAAUUAUUACUGGGUCCCCAUUCUGACAGUGAUUGUGGGUUCCUACCUCAUUGCACAUGGAUUUUUCAGUGUAUAUGCCAUGUGUGUGGACACACUUUUCCUUUGUUUCUUGGAAGACCUGGAGCGUAAUGAUGGCUCUACUGAGAAGCCUUACUUCAUGUCAUCUCACCUGAGAAAACUGCUGAAGAAGACUAAUAAACAGACAGAUGCAUGAUUUGGCAAGUCUGUCUUUCCAUGAGACAGAAUGAAAUGUACCAAUUUGACUGUUGUCAAGAUAGAGCAGCAUCUGUGAGGUUCUACUACCCCUAGCUGUGCCAUAUAAAUGUAGUGUGGGCAAAAUUAGACACCUCUCGUAUCUUUUGGUUUUUGAGUGUACAGGUUUUUGUUUCUUUUGCCAUUUAAAGUGAUAAAUUAACCACAGAUCUAGCUUAUAGCUAUAAGGCGUUUGGUCAUGCCAGCCACAUGACCAUGGAGACAUCUUAGGACAGCACUGGCUCUUUGGCUUUAUAACAGAAAUGAGCACUGCCCUCUAGAGCCGGAAACGACUAGCACAUAUGUGCGAGGGGAACCUUUACCUUUACAAUAGCUAUAGCUUAGAAAUACACCAUAAUAAAUCACUGAGAUCUGUUAAGACUGAGACCAGUUAAGAAAACCAUCCAUCCUAUUGGACUUGGACUGUUUAAACAUUGGGUCAGCAAUUCUUGCUUGCUAAUAUAGGUAAAGUAAACUAUACAGACAGUGCUAAAUGGUACAAGUGAUCCAAUGAAGCUGCAUUUGAUCCAGUUUAGUUAUUAACCAUGUGUUCCAAAAGUUUUUAUUUUUCUUGUAAUAGCAUUUAUUUCAUAUAAUCAUUGGCCACUUAAAAGGUCACCUUAAAGAACUCAAUGAUCCCAGGAUAUUAUAUAUUA